AUGUUGACAACAAAUGAUUGUGGAUUGUGCGUAAGGAAUCUAGGAGAUAAGGGAUACUGCGAUCCUAACAACACUCUGGCUGCCGACAUUAACGAGUCAGAAGGCGGGAAUAAGUCACGAUCGGAGUCGCAUUCGUGGAUUUCAGCGGAGAAUGAAGCGCUGGGAGCGAAACAACUCAGUGUCAAUCUUUUCUUGCUUGCAGCUCAGCUGAAUUUCGAUAGGCUACUGGUGAAAGACUUUACCUUCACCAAUAUUUUAGCCUCUAUGAUUGUUUUGUGUGUAUCGAUAAUUCGACGACCGAUCGAGGAGAAGAAUAGUUCAAUGGUUCACUUUGAUCCACUUAGUGAGGUCUCUGCCUCGUUGACAACACUUCAGCAAACAUCCAAUUUCCUCUUGUCUGCUUGA